GCACUGCCUCCCACACUCCCCCCACCCCUUUUACUAGUCAAAACCACCAAAAACAGAAACCCAAAAGUCUUUUCAAUUUUGAUGGCUCACAGUGAUUUUAAUAUUUUAUUGCCCAUCAUCACCGUCCGAUCAAGAUAAAUCCAAACUCAAAAAAUAAACUAAAAAAAAUUAAAAAAAAUAUUAUUUUGAUAAUUAGGAACCAAAACUGCCACGGUUUCGGAGUUGAAUAACGCAUAUAUAGAAUAGAAGAAUAAGGAAAAGCCGUUACUGAAUCAGUUAAAAGAGGAAGUUAUAACUCCCUUCGUCAUCUCUCCAACCUCAUGCAUCAACUCAACCCCAAACCCUAACUGAAUCUUUACUCUAUACGCGCUUAUAACGACUCAAUGCUUAUAUAUACAUUCAUCUUUGACUGCCCUUUUCGUUUUAGAUGAAACCCAACUCAUUUACAAAUUUUUAAUUAAUUUUUUCGCCGAUGACUCUGACCACCGGCGGUGAUCGGAUCAAGGGUUCUUGGAGCCCACAAGAGGAUGCUUCUCUUGUCAAGCUUGUUGAGGAGCAUGGUCCCAGAAACUGGUCUCUGAUCAGCGCCGGCAUACCAGGUCGUUCCGGCAAGUCGUGUAGGCUGAGGUGGUGCAAUCAGCUUAGUCCGGAGGUGCAGCACCGGCCAUUUAGUCCGGCAGAGGACGCCGUCAUCGUUCAGGCGCAUGCCGUUCACGGCAACAAGUGGGCUACUAUUGCGCGUAUCUUGCCCGGGCGGACGGAUAAUGCGAUUAAGAAUCACUGGAACUCGACUCUCCGGCGGCGUCGGGUUGGGGAGCUGUCGUCGGCGUCGUCAGAGUCGAACUCAGCGAUGAAGCGCCCGAGUUUUGAUGCAACAGUGUCGUCCGAGUCGGACUCGGGACUAAAGCGGCAGCUCGUUGGCGCAUCGCCGGAGCACAACAGCUGCGAUAGGGUUAAGGCCGAGCCGGAGACGUCGCUAACGCUAUCCCCGCCGGGAGAUAGUGUGGUAACGUUACCCGUGGGUGAUAGAGUGGAGGAUGCUCGAGAUGAAGGGGCGCGCAUCACGAGGAAAGAAGGGGAGAGGUGUGCGGUGGAGAUGGCGGACACGUGCUUGGUAAAGAUAAUACAGCGUAUGAUAGCGGAGGAGGUUAGGAAUUACUUCAUCGCGUUACGGGCAGAGGAUGGGCUUCGGGUUAGGCCUGAGCUCGACCCAGCGGCCCAAAAUAAUCCCUAAAAUCUUAUACCAAAAGUUUCAGUCUCACAGCUGUCUUUCUUUUUAUACCGACAACGUUAGAGCUGGGUGGUUGAGGAAUGGCAGCUGAAAUUUUAGAUGAAUCAGUAGUUUUAAUACUUGUUUUUUAAAAAAAAAAAGAAAAAAAAACUUUUAUUUCACUCUUUUCUAACCUUACAUCUACCAACAAUGGAAAAGGUUCUACUUUGAGAAAAGUUGAUGGUAAUUUGAAGAUCAAAUCUUCUCUAACCCCUCUCUCAUUCACGGAUGGGUAUGCCAAUUAUUUGUACUAGUUUGAAUGAUGAAUUGAAUACCAGAUUCCGGUCUAGGAGAUCUCGGUGGAUGGAUCUGCGUAUUAAAAAAAAAACAAUGGCAACCUAUUCUAAGGCAUCAAUGGGUACCAAGCCAAGGACCUAGAACC